GCAGUGUCCGGCCGCGAUGAACGCGAGCGCCUCAUCGCUCAACGAGUCCCAGGUGGUGGCAGUGGCGGCCGAGGGAGCGGCGACAGCGGUUACAGCGGCUACAGCGGCAGGGGCGAGGGACGCCGGUGAAUGGGGGCCCCCUGCGGCGGCACUGGCGCUGGGGGGCGGCGGCGCGGCUAACGGGUCGCUGGAGCUGUCUUCGCAGCUACCGGCGGGGCCGCCCGGGCUGCUGCUGUCAGCGGUGAAUCCAUGGGAUGUGCUGCUCUGCGUGUCGGGAACGGUGAUCGCAGGCGAAAAUGCGCUGGUAGUGGCGCUCAUCGCGUCCACUCCAGCGCUGCGCACGCCCAUGUUCGUGCUGGUGGGCAGCCUGGCCACUGCCGACCUGCUAGCGGGAUGUGGCCUCAUUCUGCACUUCGUGUUCCAGUACGUGGUGCCCUCCGAGACCGUGAGCCUGCUCAUCGUGGGCUUCCUCGUGGCCUCCUUUGCUGCUUCGGUCAGCAGCCUGCUAGCCAUCACGGUGGACCGUUACCUGUCCCUCUACAACGCGCUUACCUACUACUCCCGCCGGACCCUGUUGGGCGUGCAUCUUCUGCUCGCUGCCACCUGGACGGUGUCCCUAGGCCUUGGGCUGCUGCCGGUCCUUGGCUGGAACUGCCUGGCGGAGCGCGCCGCCUGUAGCGUGGUGCGCCCGCUCACUCGCAGCCACGUGGCGCUGCUCUCCGCAGCCUUCUUUGCUGUCUUCGGCAUCAUGCUGCACCUGUAUGUGCGCAUCUGCCAAGUGGUUUGGCGCCACGCGCACCAGAUCGCGCUGCAGCAGCACUGCCUGGCGCCGCCCCACCUGGCCGCCACCAGAAAGGGCGUGGGUACGCUGGCCGUGGUGCUAGGCACUUUCGGGGCCAGCUGGCUGCCCUUUGCCAUCUACUGUGUGGUGGGCAGCCACGAGGACCCGGCUGUCUACACCUACGCCACCCUGCUGCCCGCCACCUACAACUCCAUGAUCAAUCCUAUCAUCUAUGCCUUCCGCAACCAGGAGAUCCAGCGCGCCCUGUGGCUCCUGUUCUGUGGCUGUUUCCAGUCCAAAGUGCCCUUCCGCUCCAGGUCCCCCAGUGAGGUCUGAAGGCUUCCUCGGUCCUCUCGCCAACACCACACCCCCAACAAGCCAGCCUUUGAUGAGCUUCUCGGUGGCUGCUGAUGAACUCCGAGAUCCCGAUAGUGUGACUCUGACUUUGGAAAGCAAGAGAGAAUAAAUUCACAUGCAACAAACUCACAAGGACAAAGAGGCUUGUUGGCACUUUACAUAUACAGUGUAUACAUGUGUACAUAUAUAUACAAAUAUUUGUAUCUUCUGGAGGCAUUCAGGAUGUGGAGUUUCCUAUUCUGUGAAAAAAAUAACAAAGAUGUGGCUGUAUACUCAAAUUGUACAUCACAUUUGUCAAGUGAAGACAUUCCAAUACUGCUUAAUUAUAGCACUUUUUUUUUAGCUGCUGAACUGCCGAAACAGUGUUGCUGUUUUCAAGGUCAGGGGAAAAUGAGCUGAAGGUGUAUUUUUGUUUUAUGUGAUAGAAUAUUUUGCUGCACAUGCAUCAGUAAAUUAUAACAUAUUUUGUACACAAAUAAACACAUUAUAAAAACGUAA